CUCUAAGGCUCUCCGCCAUGACAGACGCAUUUUGGCACAUUCUCCAGCAGCAGUCAGUCAAACCAAAGUGACGCGGAGCAGCGGACGGCGAGUGUUUUGGAUUUACGGAAGAUAAAGUGGGCACUGGGAACCGUUUUCACGGCCGCUGUGCUUCCAGCCUGCUUGAAAAGAGUCAGCAUGUCCAGCGAGGUGCAGCCGAGGCCGGACGACAGCCCCAACACCAGCGGGGGGAGCUCCGACGCCGAGCAGAGGGAGGCGGCCCCUCCGGAGCAGCCCGGCCCCGAGCAGCGGGACCAGUCUCAACCCAAAAAGAAGGAGGCCAAAAUCUCCAGCAAGACUGCUGCCAAGCUCUCCACCAGCGCCAAGAGGAUCCAGAAGGAGUUGGCAGAGAUUACUCUGGACCCGCCACCAAACUGCAGGUAGGAGGCUGUUGAUGGUUGUUUCGUUA